GGCACGAUAAGUUUUUCUGUCGCAUAUGUCAAGUCACCUGAUUCCUCAUCAUCGAUUCUGAUGAAAAUGUCAAAUCAAGUUGUGAAAGAUAUUGGAGAAAUAUACACACGACUGUUCGACAAUCGAUCUUUUCUUAGCGGAGAAAUUGUUUAUUUCGUUAGAGAGUUCGAGGAAAAACGUCAAGACCGAGAAAUCGAAGGACUGUUCACGACACUGCAGAAUACCAUCGAAAAUCGGGACUCGAGUAUUGAGAAAUUUCGUUUGGCGUCAGAAGUCCAUUUGAGUGACAUCAAAACAAAUUUGGAUUCGGUGAAAAGCGUUUUGGACACGGUACUGGACGAUCAGCCGGCAGAAGAUUUGUGUAAACCUUUAGAGGAAAAUCGUGCCCGCAGACAGAUUGAAUGGCAGCAGUUUGUUGAUGAUAUGGCACAUAAGUGCGCACGCGUAGAUAAUACAUUUGAGGAAAAAGAGGAAGAAUUACGAGACUUUUACUCGGACUUGGAGCGAAAGCUACACAUCAAUAAUUAGGUCAAUAAACCAUCCCAACAGAAAUGUCAAAAGGUGCGAUAAAAGAUCCAUCAAUCAAAUUGAAGCCGUCAGAGCAGCUGAUCGACUUUAUGGUCUCACUCAGUGAUGAAUUCGAGCUGCCUGAGAACGUCUGGAAAUUCAUCGAAACAAGGGGAGGUAAAGUGGGCAAAAUAACUGCAGCCGAGGUGGCAAAGCCGUCAUUUUCCAAAGAUGAAAUCAAGCUUUUGAACGACUUACCCAAAACUGAAAACACCGAGUUCAAUUUGGCGGACCUUGCCAUCGAUUCCGAUGAAUCUGAUGAUGAAUUGGACGAGAACAUCGAAAAUUUGAAUUCCAAGCCAAUGAGCAAAAGUCAGGCGGCUAAACAGAAAAGACUUCAAAAGGCGAAAGAGCGAUCAAAGCUGACCAUCAAUUUGAACGACAUCAAGUGGCUCAACAACAAAUUAGUGGAGAAGCGAAGCACCGACUCUGAUUUCAAUUUGUAUUUGAACGAGUUGUUGAAAGGGUCCCGAUUGGUGUUGCCACAGAAUGAAAUUUUGGAACGUAACCCCGAACUGGAAGCGAGAUGUGUAAGACUGCGUUUGGAACAAGAGGCCAGAAUGUAUAAUGCGAUGACGAAGAACGUUGAUUCGAGUCGAACUAAAUUGCCGGAGGACACUAUAUCCUACCAAAUGAAGCAAAUAAAUCGUCAAUUGAUCGCCGUUGCCCAAUUCAUUUUCUCCAUAGCCGCCGGAUUUGCGUUUGGUUUCAUUGGCGUGGAAUUGAUGAUCGGAAAUUUGGAUUUCGGUUUCCGUUUGCUGUUGGGCAUUUUAUGUGCUUUAGUCAUCGCUUUGGCGGAAAUUUACUUUUUGGCUAAGAAGUUGAAUGAAGAGUACGAUCUGUCUCUACCGCAGAAAGUUAAUGUUAAUAUGCCGUCAGAAGAGGUUAUAAAUGAGAUUGGCGGCAAGGAGCACUAUGAAUGAAAGGAAAGACCGAACCUUUUUCUGUAUUAUUUGAAAAUUGAAUAAAUUCCAGUUGUUUUAUCACCCAAAAA